AUGACUGGUCUUCCUGCCCUGGCACUCUAUGCCUAUAAUUCGUCGAUAGACUGUCUGAAGGCAGCCAACGAUUUUCUUUGGCUCGCAGGCGCCUACGAAGGCAGUGCAUGCGCUGCCGCAACUUUGAAGUACGGCCGCAGCCUCUGCUCACCGAUUCACCGAGUGUCCACCUACAGCCCUGGACAACUGAAAGAUUUGAUCAGGAAGUCAGCAGCAGAGUCUCCGUAUGGAGGCCAACACGUUGCUUUGUCAGCUGACCCUUUCCGCAUAAGUUUCGACGACAUCAUCACUCAUUUUCGGUUUGCCAUCGAAAACUACCAAAAGUUUUCGUUUGCGGUCAACAUCGAAUGCGAGUGCGUUUUUAAAGCUUUAUGGACCCUGAUCAAAAAAGGAGCUCGUAUAUGCUGUGCGAUUGCGGAAGUGUACAAGAUGAUGUCAUUCAACCGUAAGAUGGCAUUUUACCUUCGACUCGCUGCUGUGUUGCGUUCGAAUGCUCGAGAGUACCGACUAAUGACGUCUGAUGAUUAUCGCAUCAUAUACUAUCUGCUGUUGCAAGCAUCAGACCGCUACCUGAUGUCCAAUUCCGUGCAGUCAGAUGUUCACAAAGAUGGCUGGAUGGACGUCAGGUCCGUCACCGUAUUGCGACUGGACGAUGACCUGCUGGCGAGCGAGGAAAAAAAGGAGGAAAUGUCAGUUUUUAUCUACACGCCAAUUCAGAUGGACAAGUGUGACGAAGUUCAUCUAGUCGCCAGAGCGCCGACGCGGGUCGAGAUGCGAUUCGCAAAUCCUCUGUCUGUCGAAGUGACGUUGCAGCACUUGAAGCUGCGCUGCGACGGUGUGGACUUCGAGCACAGCGGCGAAGUCGAUUUGGUAUUGUCUCCGCACUGUUGCGCGGUCACCGCUGAACUGUGCGUAACGCCCAUGCACUCCGGUGUGCUGGUUAUCACAGGUUAUAGCUGCGAUUUGUUCGGUGUGCAGAAUACGUGUCGACUCGAGGACCUGCCGUGGUUGCAGUUAGAGCGCCCAUUGAGCUUCGAAGUCUUGUCUGCGCUUCCACUGCUUAGGACGCGUCUCUUGUUCGAUGACCGAGGUCCUAACCCGACCACCGACAACUUUUCGACUUCGUUGACUACAGUUCGAGUCUACUGCGGACAAAAGUACUUUUAA